AUGGCAAUAUGUAUUGAUGCCUUUGAACAUCCAAUAACUAUUUCAAAUCAUGUAACUAUUUGGCUUGAUAAGUAUAUUGGUAUGAUGGGAAGUGAUGAGAAAAUGAAAGAAAAAUUUCGUCAGAUUAGUUAUCCAUUACAUACAUUUGAUGAUCCUGUUAAAAGUAUCAAAUUUAUUCGAGAUAAUGAUGACAAAAAAAUAUUUUUAAUUUGCUCCGGUGUAUUAGCAAAAGAAAUUGUACCUAUUGUUUAUCAGUUGCCUCAGUUGUAUAUGAUAUUUAUAUUUUGUGCUCAAACUAGAAAUCAUCGAGAAUGGGCAAUUGAUUAUGUAGAAAAAGUACAUAUAUUUAAUUUUGAUGAAGAUCUACUUAUAUCUGUAAGUUUUCCCAAAGAUGAAUAUGCGAUGUUUCUCUCUCGAGAAAAAACAGGCAUCUACCUGACACUCAAUAUGGGAAUCUGCAAAUCUUAA